AUGGCGGCGAGUACCUCUGGUCCGCAAAUUUUUGACGAUGCGAACCGAUCACCUACCAAAUCGUCCAUGUUCCGGGCCAUCAUGUCAUCGAGAACCCAUAAACGAAAUCAAUCGGCCGACGAUGCCCUGCCCCGGCCUCUGAGAAGCAUACCAAGUGAGAAUAUCGCUUCCCCAUUUGGAGGUCCUGGUCCCAGUCCCAUCGCUGGCUACCGCCCGCUGACUGAGAUUGAGCCCAACCGCGAUGCGGGUGACAACGGGGUUUCCUCGCCGAAGAUUGGCAGGGAACAUCCGAAAGGCCCCUUGCAUAAGAAGACUAAGAGUGCCGUUUCAUUGAAGUCUCUGAUGAGUUAUAUGGAGCGCAAGGAUGGCAAACCGGAGGAGAUGCCCGGGCGGAGUGAGGAGAUAUCACCCAAGAAGACCAAAUCCUCCAAUAGUCUGUCGGCCAUACUCAAAAGAUCUCAACGGGGAAGAAAAGACGGCUCCAAGCACAGUCGCGACAAAGAAAACCGCAGCCCGACUGACUUGAUUGAUAACAUGCCAUCCCCAGUCUGGUCACCGGACUCGGCAUCAACGCACAAGGACUUGGUCGGUCGGUUGAGGACAAACUCGGCCGCCGAAAUGAGACGAACCGUAGCAGAUGAAGUCUCCCUUUAUACACCCAAGGGCUACGGGCCCAGCCAGCAACGCAACUUCUAUGACUACCACCAACCAUCUCUCACCAAAUCGGGUGAGCCCAAGCCUCGCCCAAGAUCGGAAAUCCUUGCAGGCAAUCGCAAGGUGAAGGACCUACUUGGCUUGCAGCGCGCAUCCUCAGGCGAAAGUGAUCCCACUGGACGCUAUGACGGCAGUUCUUAUAAGAGCCGAGGGCCACCGAGUCCACGAAAGAUAUCUCCGCCUAGCACUGUGAAAGAGGAGCCCAAGCGGCUCUCGCGUGUACAGGCUGCCAUCUCCGCAUUCAAUGCGAAGGAGCGGGAUGCUGAACUGCAGCAACAUUUGAAUUCUAAGGACCUUGAAAGCGAGUUCGAGAAACUACUGGAUGCGCGGGAUAUUCCCCACAACAUGAGAGACAAGAUGCGCUCUCUCGAUACCAAUAUCAAGGCUGAAUUUAUUCAGAAGGAUCGGACGGAGAACACCACUCCCCUUAGUACGGGAACUGGUGAUAGCCGUCGAGGACGUGGCAAAGAAGCUAAGGAAGAAUCCCAGCCUCAGGACCGUAAAGGCUCCCGGUCACGAUCUAGAAGCCGCGGCUUCAGCCUCAAAGGCCCUUCGUCACCUGGCAAGAAAUUGCGACGUGACAGUGAAGCUUCGAGUCGUCGCCCAAGGUCUGUGGAUCUUUCCCAGCCUGUCGGCGUUUACACGACUCUCUCGGCCAAUGUUUCAACAGCCUCGCUUGCCGAAGCAGCUGCUGUUGAUACCGCGGCAGAUCCUUCGGAUUUUGUUCAUUAUCUGCGAGAGAUUCAGAAGCCAGAAAUGGUUGAAGUCGGCAAGGUGCACAAACUGCGUCUCCUGCUACGCAAUGAAACCGUGCAGUGGGUCAAUGACUUCAUUACCGAAGGAGGUAUGGAUGAGAUUGUACAGCUUCUCUACCGCAUUAUGAAGAUGAUCUGGCGUGAGGACCAUGAGGACACCCUGUUGCAUGAGGCACUACUCUGCCUCAAGGCAUUGUGCACUACAUCUGUGGCCCUGACACACCUCACUGUUAUUGAGGAUGAGCUUUUCCCUGCAUUGUUGCACAUGCUCUUUGACGAAGAAAAGAAGGGCCCCAGUGAGUUUACCACCCGGGGGAUCAUUGCAAAUCUACUGUUCACGCAGCUUUCCACUGCCCCUGCUGGCGAUCUGGCGGCCAAGCGUGCCAGACAGAUCCUGUCUUACCUCAAGGACCCUCCACCACCGGCGGAAAACCAGCCGCUGGCAUUUAUUGCCAAUAUUUAUCAGUCACGACCAUAUAGAGUUUGGUGCAAAGAGGUCACCAACGUGACCAAAGAGGUGUUUUGGAUUUUCCUACAUCACCUCAAUGUGAUUCCUCUUCCCAAGAAGGAGGACUCCUUGGGUGAAAAGACAUCAGCGGACACUCGUUCUUACAGCGAGCGACACUUCCCGCCCCCAAGGCCACCUGUCCCGGCUGCCCCAUAUGUUGGAGGUGUCGAAUGGGAUGCGACCAACUACCUCGCGGCGCAUCUCGACCUCGUGAAUGGCCUGAUCGCCUCCCUGCCCACCCCAGAUGAGCGAAACCAACUUCGUGAUGAGCUCCGUUCUUCCGGUUUUGAGAAAGUCAUGGGCAGUAGUCUGCGUACCUGCAAGGAGAAAUUCUAUUCCUCUGUCCAUGAUUGCCUGCGAACCUGGGUUGCUGCCGCCGCCGAUGAUGGCUGGCCCUAUACCUUCGUGCGCGAAGGCCCGCCCCGAGCUGGCGAGCCUGGCUCACCUACUAAAUCUAUCAAGAAGUCCGCACCGGGUAGCCCCAAAAAGGGCCUGGUCGAUGAGCGACCACCCAAGCUGGAGCUCGCUCUUGAUUUUGCUGACAAUCACCUAGCGCAUGGUCCGAUGACACCGUCGGGCGACCUACGCAGCUGGCUCUAG